AUGCGGCCAGUUAGUGCCGGCAGUCGCAGAGACAAGAAUAGCGAUGACCUGGACCUUCUGGCCGGUCUCUGGGAAGAGGCACACUUCGCGAGGCUGCCGUGGGAUGCGCCCAGCGAGUUGAAGGAUUUGGUUGAGGACAUCGACAACCCGAAGCGCAUUUAUGCGAUACAUAAGGCCAGCCGCCGCCACAACUUCCAACAGCUUGUGCAAAAGUACAUCGUUCAGCUCCGCGAAGGCUGUGGCGUUGAACAAUGCACAACCUCCACGUGCUUCACUUGCCGGAAAAGGAUCGCAGGUCGAGCUCCAACCCGCAAGUACAACACAACGAGCGCAAGAUCGUUAGCCGUAUACCUCGCGAGUCAGGACAACCCGGAAACCGGCCUCUGUCCAAAUUUGCGACCCCCCAAGACGCCUCCCGCUGCAGUAGCCUCCCUGGUCUUCGUGCCAAAUCCCAAUUCCCGGCCACGAGAUGACGGUGUCCCUCAUCCUUCCCCGAAGGCCCUGCCGUUCCGCAACCCACCCGGCUCGCCCAAGACGGGCGAUGGUAAUGGCGCAGCACCAUCGUUUUCUCGGAGCCGCAGUGGUACUUUAAAUGGGGAUAGUAAAGAGAAUAAAAAAGCCGCAGGCGCCCAGGCUGGGGUGGAUUCUGACAAGCAAGCUCAGCGCCCCGGUUUCACGAUCGCGGAGAAGCCGGUUAGCAAGGACCAUCGUUCUUUUGCCGCGAAUGUCAUUGGCACCGUUGCCUUCAAAAUGCUCGAGUGGUUGACCCCGGCGGCGCUCGAAGAUAUGCACAACAAGACACGGGCCUUCGGCGGCAGGGCCCAGUCUGACGCCGAACAUCCGAACCCUCCUAAAGACGAAUCCGGGUUAGAGAAUGGCGUUGGGCAGAGCGCACGCAUGGAGUUGCAAGAGUCACCGGUCUUGCCUGUACUGCCGAACGGGGACUUGACCAGCAGACCUGACCUACCUGGGCAUGGCCAGGCCGAGAAGGAAACCCGCAGUGUAAAAGACAGCCAACCGCAACAGGAUCCCCAAUCCAGCCCUCGUGCGGCAAAUGCGCGCCGUAACUCGAACGCGAAGGUCCGCACUUCAUCCGGGCCGAAACCGAAGCGACAGCUGUCGAUCGACCCGUAUGCCCAAGACACUUCUGCUGAAGAACCCUACGCAGCUCUAUUGAGAUCCCCUCGCACCACUGGAGGUGGUGCCGAGAAAGGAUCACGCAUUUCCAAAGCGGCUGGCUCCAACAUCACACGGCCCAUAUCUCAGCUCUCGUCGGCAGGCUUUUUCGACGACGUCUCCCUGGAGAAGAUGCCUCCCCCGAAAACCAUCGAUCUCAGGCCAAGGGCCGGUCGUGUCGCAAUCGGCAGUGCGGGAAACGGUGGACCACAUAGCCCGAAGCCUCCCAGUACUUCGUCAGGCGUCGUCUCUGAGAAAUCGUACAGCGACGGCUCAGGUGCAGCCACGGGCCAGGACUCGGAAUCGGAGGAUGAGGCACUGCUUCCCCAAGCGCUAACUAGGUUGACCGCGGAAGUUGUCGACUUCGUUUGCGAUGUCAUUCAAGAGGAUGGGACCGCUGAAGAACAUAUACUCGAACCUCGGUCGGUUGACAGAUUCCACAACCGACACUCGGGGCAAGGGAAGCUAGCUAGACGGAAGCAUCGGGCAGCCCGGGGAUCCUCCACCAAUGCGAGGCUGGAGUGGAAGCUUUUCAUUGAUCAAACGCUCUUCUACGUCCUCAGCGACCCGCAGCUAGCGCUCCGAUCCUUCACCAAAAAGGGGCAGCUGUACGACUCGCAGACGCUCUGGUAUUGCAUGCUCAGGAUGACGCGAGUUUCGCCUAGCCUGGUAUUUCACAGCUUGUGGAUGGCCGCCGCUAGUCUUUUCGCGCCUCCCAGAUCGCUCCAAACCCUGAGGUCGCCGUCGACAAAGGUAUUCCCCAAAAGCGGGCAGUCACUCUCAAACUUGGAGGCGGGGCGUCUCAUGUCGAUAUGCUUGCAUGCCUUGAUCGCUGCCGCGCCCUUGGUUAGCGACUCGCGACAGCUGUUCGACAUGUCGAGGAUUCGAUCUCAUGGCCUGAGUCUUGCGGGUAGCGGCGCGGUAGCAAGGCAGCCGACAGAAUUGUGCGUGCAAUAUGAGGAUGCUUUUAGCCAUGAUAUGGCUCUGAGGCUAGCUCGAAGGUUAUUCGCCGCCAUCACCACGCGCCGCCGCUUUGACGCGCUGAGCGAGUCGACCAUGGGACCCCACGAACACGGCGAACAGGAUGUGCUAGCCCCCCUCUUCUCGCAACUAGAUUUCCUGAACAUGGACGCGGUCUAUGUGCUAGACUUCUCCUUCCCCGACCGCGCCCUGCACGAAACUCGUGUCCCGAUUCUUUUACUUGAUUGGGCGCGGGCUGUCAUGCUGAACGAUUGGGACGGCUCCCCCGAGGUUCCUGGGGACGGUCCCUUCGGCGGUGCUCUCGCCCUGAUCGAAGCCAUGCAUGAGAGACGACAGGAUCUCCUCUUAGCCGAUGCCCAAUUUCGGUCCGACUAUUUCACGGAGCGGCUUGACACGAUAAAAAUGCCCAUCUCGUGGCUGUCUCACACCCCGACGCGGCAACGCCUCCACCUCCUAGACUUCCCCUACAUUUUCAGCCCAUCGACACUGGUGUCGUACUUCCGAUCAAUCAAUUUCUCGCGCAUGAGUCGUGCUUUUGAGGAGUCUACUUCUUUUCAUGAUAAAAUCACCGUGAUCGCUCAGCGGGCAGGUCUCACCCAGCAUCAUAAGGACGUCUUGGUGGAACGGUUGGGGCCUGCGGGCUCCAAGUAUUUGAUCCUUGACAUUCGGAGGGGCACCGUUCUAGAGGACGCGCUCGACCAGUUAUGGCGUCGGGAAGAACGCGAGCUGCUCAAGCCCUUGAAGGUCCACCUGGGAGAGGCAACCGGGGAAGAGGGCUUUGAUUCCGGUGGCGUGCAACAAGAAUUUUUCCGUUUGGCCAUCGGAGAAGCUCUCAAUCCUGACCACGGCGCCUUCACUGUCGACGAGCGCACCCGCAUGACUUGGUUCCUGCCGGGCUCGAUGGAGGACGAAUGGAAGUUCGAGUUGAUCGGUCUGCUGGUAUCGCUCGCCGUGUACAACGGCCUGACGCUCCCAGUUACAUUUCCAAGAGCCCUCUACCGAAAGCUCCUGGGCGAACCUGUCACCGAGCUGCACCACAUUGCCGACGGUUGGCCUGACCUCGCAAGCGGCCUUACUUCGCUGCUCGAGUGGGACGAAAAGGACGGUGCUGUAGAAGACGUCUUUGCCCGCACCUACGAGUUCUCGGUUUCGGCCUUUGGGCAGCACAUCACCAGAGAAAUGAAAACGCCCUUAAACAGCAACCACCACCACCACCACCAUCAUACCCGCAAGGACGAAUUCUGGCCGCAGUUCGCCAAGACAACCUCCCGAUCCUCCUCUCACCCGCCGCCACACCAAGGCAACCCCACCGAGGACGAGGCCCCGCUCGUCACCAGCGCCAACCGCAACGCCUACGUCUCCGACUACAUCCGCUACCUAGCCGACGUGUCGGUGCGGCCGCAGUACGAGGCCUUCGCGCGCGGGUUCCACGCAUGCCUGCACCCCAAGUCGCUCUCGCUCCUGACGCCCAACCUGCUGCAGUCGGUGGUGGAGGGGGUGCAGGAGAUCGACGUGGCGGAGCUGAAGCGGCACGCGCGCUACGUGGGGUGGGACGCGUCGCACCGCACCGUCAAGGACUUCUGGAGCGUCGUGAAGCGCUACGACGACGCCAUGAAGCGCAAGCUGCUCGAGUUCGUCACCGCCAGCGACCGCGUCCCCGUCGGCGGCGUCAAGAACCUCAUGUUCAUCAUCCAGCGCAACGGCGAGGAGGACGACCCCGCCGGCAGGCUGCCCACCUCGUACACCUGCUACGGCACCCUGCUGCUGCCCGAGUAUAAGGAUAAGGAGAUGCUGAGGCAGCGGUUGGGGAUGGCUUUGGAGAAUGCGCAGGGGUUUGGGUUUGCUUGA